GGUCGGGGGAGGGAUGCCGAGGAAGUGGCGGCUCUUGGUUUGUUUGGGUUGUGGGCGGUGCGUGCACAGCCCGGGAAAAGCGGGAAAUGGCGGCGCCGAGCGCGGGGUCCCCGCUUGCCCUGCAGCAAAAGGGGCUAGUGGCUGCUGACCGGAGGCGCAGGUUAUCAGGAGUUUGUGGUAUGCAUCCUGACCAUCAGGAAACUCUGAAAAAGAACCGAGUGGUGCUGGCCAAGCAGCUAUUGCUGAGCGAACUACUGGAACAUCUCCUGGAGAAGGACAUCAUCACUCUGGAAAUGAGGGAGCUCAUCCAGGCCAAAGUGGGCAGUUUCAGCCAGAAUGUGGAACUCCUCAACUUGCUGCCCAAGAGGGGUCCCCAGGCUUUUGAUGCUUUCUGUGCAGCACUGAGGGAGACCAAGCAGGGUCACCUGGAGGAUCUGUUGCUCACAACUCUCUCUGGUCUUCAGCAUGUAUUGCCACCGUUGAGCUGUGAUUUCGACAUGAAUCUCCCCUUCCCAGUGUGUGAGUCCUGUCCCCCUCACAAGCAGCUCCGUCUGUCGGCAGACACUAUGGAACACUCCCUAGAUAAUGGAGAUGGUCCUCCUUGCCUUCAGGUGAAGCCUUGUACUCCUGAGUUUUAUCAAACACACUGCCAACUGGCCUACAGGUUGCAGUCUCGGCCUCGUGGCCUGGCAUUGGUGCUGAGCAAUGUGCACUUCACUGGAGAGAAAGACCUGGAAUUUCGCUCUGGAGGGGAUGUGGACCACAGUACUCUAGUCACCCUCUUCAAGCUUUUGGGCUACAAUGUCCAUGUCUUACACGACCAAACUGCACAGGAAAUGCAAGAGAAGCUCCAGAAUUUUGCACGGUUACCUGCACAUCGUGUCACAGACUCCUGCAUAGUGGCACUCCUUUCACAUGGUGUGGAGGGCGGCAUCUAUGGUGUGGACGGCAAACUGCUGCAGCUCCAAGAGGUUUUUCGGCUCUUUGACAAUGCUAACUGUCCAAGCCUACAGAACAAGCCAAAAAUGUUCUUCAUCCAGGCCUGCCGUGGAGACGAGACCGAUCGUGGUGUCGACCAGCAGGACGGAAAGAACCCUGGGUGUGAGGAGAGUGAUGCUGGGAAGGAGGAAUUGCUAAAGAUGAGACUGCCAACUCGCUCUGAUAUGAUUUGUGGCUAUGCCUGCCUCAAAGGCACUGCUGCCAUGCGGAAUACCAAACGGGGUUCCUGGUAUAUUGAGGCACUCACUCAGGUGUUCUCCGAGAGGGCUUGUGACAUGCAUGUGGCCGACAUGCUGGUUAAGGUGAAUGCCCUUAUCAAGGAGCGUGAAGGCUACGCCCCAGGCACAGAGUUCCACCGAUGCAAGGAGAUGUCUGAGUACUGUAGCACUCUGUGCCGUCACCUCUACCUGUUCCCGGGACACCCUCCCACGUGAUGCCACCUCCCGUGGCCCGUGCUGUUGGCGGCCACUGCACCACCAGAGGCACGAUAGAGCCUUCUUUCUUCCAGAUGCAUGGUUUCUGUUCUGCCCCCCUCAGGGAUUUGGGGACCUCCCAGGCUUGUUUCCAGUGCUGGUCAUCUCUGCCUUUGUGUGGACUCCAGGCCAGCUCCUCCUGUGUGGCUCUCCCUGUAGAGCUGGCUCUGGCUGGACUUGUUGCCAGGAAUGUCUUGGCUGCAGCCAAAGAGCCUGGCAGGUGACGCUAUGAACAGUACCAUCGUGGGGGAGGGCACGCGGGCUCCUCAUGUUUGUUACUUCAGCCCCCAGGGCUUCUGCAGGCGCUCUUUGGUUGUCACUUUUACUAUAGUAGUUACCAUGACUCAGAGGGGGUCUCGCAUCUGUUGUUUUUUUCAUAUCCCAGCACCAUUUGUCCCAGGGUGAGAGUUUGGAGGGUGUUCUAAGUUAACAUUGGCAUUUUCGUGACUUUGAAGAGGUAGAUGUGACUCAGACACACCCUCUGCUGUGAGCAUUAGUUCCUGUGCAUUCCCUGUGGGACUGCGGGUCCCCAGUGGAGGGCAGUCUUCCACUUCACCUUGGCUUCUUCAGGCUCCAGGAACCAGCCUUUCAUCAGGGGCUGGGGUUUGCAUGCUUUGCUCCUGAGCGUGUUAAAGAGCUUCCUUGGGCCUUCUUUCCCUGAGCUGUUACUGAAAUGAGCCUGUGGGAGAGUGGGCAGAAGGCCCCCAGAGUGGUGUGCCGCCUCGCACUAACCUGCCACCAUGUCUGCUUUCUCUUUCCUCUAGCUGUCCCUUUCUCUCCCUUAGUGUUCUCGUGUCCAUACAGUCAAACUGUGCCUCACAUCUGGAUUUCUGGAAUCACUUUCCAGUUUUUACCUCCCUCCUUCAUGUCUCUUCCCUUUGCCUGUACUUCCUCCAGUUCAAUGCUGCCACCAUGUCAGUGGGAAGUGCCGCUUUGCUGGGUCAUCUGGCUUCGUAAGGGUGUAGGGUAGUACCUUGCUCCUGCAUUCUACUUCAUUGUGAGACUUGAUUUGAUUUUUUGUGGUCUUCUCUCCCCUUCCCAUUCUAUUUCAGUGAAGAUAUUACCAUAUACAUUAUUACUCUUUCAACCUAGAAACUUUAUUUUUGCUUCUGUGAAACCUUCCUGUUCUUAAGGCAAUCUUUUCCAUUUCCAUUCUUACCCUCUCCAGCCUAUUCUCCACAUAACAUAAUAGUUUUGGGGGUUUUUUGCUUCUUCAUUAUGUUUUGGGGGCAUUAUUUGAGUUUUUCAUUUCUUAGUACAAGGGAUUGAACCCAGGGACACUGUACCACUGAGCUACAUCCCCAGCCCUUUUUAUUUUUUGGGGGGGACAUUUUAUCUUAGUAAGUUAGGGUUUCGCUAGGUUGUUGAGGCUGGCCUGGAACUUACGAUCCUCCUGCCUCAGCCUCCUAAGUCACUGGGAUGAUAGUGUAUUCCACUGUGCCUGGCCACCUUUUGGUUUACAAAUGUAAAUAAAUCUGAUGAUGUCAUUCUCCUGUUUGGAACUCUUUGGCUUCCUGUUACUCCUCAUAAAAUUCAAAAUCCUUGUUUGUGAGAUCUGGCCCUUGCCUUCCACUUGAACCUUAGUAAGUAGUGACUUCUCACUGUGCUCUAACCCUGUGGCCUCCCAGUGUCUCAGCUGUUCUAAACUCUCUAUCCCCACUUCUCUUCCCUGGGGUGGCAUCUUAUUCAAGUUUUGUGGAGGCCUUCCCAGCCUGUUGUCUACAAAGAAUCCUCUCUCUUUAUUACUGCUUCCUGUUUAAUUCUUCUUUUUGGUUCUGGGGAUUGAACCUAGGGGCAUGCUUCCACUGAGCUGUAUCCCCAGCCCUUUUUGUUUUUGGACACAAGGCUUCACCAAAUUGCUGAGGCUGGUCUUGAACUUGUGAUCCUCCUGCCUCAGUCUCCCUAGGAGCUGCAAUUAAGGUGUGCACCACCGUGUCCAGCCUGUUCCAUUCUUUCCUUGUACUUACGGCAACUUGUAACCAUAUAUUUGUUUGCUUUAUUUGUUCAUUUUUAUAUCCCCUACUAGGUUGUAAGCUCCAAGAGGGCAGAAACCCUGGCUCUCUAACCUGUGUGUCCCCGGUACCUGGCACUUAUUAAAUCUUUAGCAAAUGUUCCUUGAAUGAAGGAAGGAGGCCAGCAGCCAGCCCUUGCUAGAAUCCUACUUUUCAACAAAAUUUCCCUUUUGACAUUAUACAGUUGAGUAUUUUAACUUUGUGUUUUUCCAGGUGUUUUGUUUUUUUCCACUGGUAUUUUUAGCUCCUUGAAGACACACAGUGUGUGAGACGACGUCUGUCACACCCCCUGGUGCCUAGCGGAAUACCAGGUUUGCAGUAGUCAAGGUGCUCAAUAAAAGUCUGUUGUGUGAGCCAGGUGGCUUGGAGACUUGCUGCCUUUGGGUCAGUGUAGGAUGGACGUAUUUGAGUGACCUAGCCUUUCCACUGCCCACUGCCAAGAUUUGUAUUGCCAUGAGGUGCCAAAUAAACGUUCAUAU